AUGGAAAGAACUAGAGAAGUACACGAGAUAGAAGAAGAAAAGAGAAAGGAGCUCGUGGAUCAGCAUCGUAGGACUCGACCAGAAUACAAUGAGAGUGAUAUGGUCAUGGUGGCGUUACAUCCACUAAGGUAUGCGAGCAAAGGCAUUAGGGCUAAGUUUGCGCCUCUGCGAGAUGGUCCUUACAUGAUCAUCAAACAGCAUGGGCCAUCUUCAUAUGCAGUAGCGGACCCAUCGAACCCUGUCUUGUGUCUUGGGAUUUAUCAUGCAUCGGCGUUAACUCCCUACACUGGAUUAAGUGAAGAAUUACCCACACCAGUUCAACCGUUAAGGAAGCGAGGCAGACCACGCAAGGGAUCCUGUUUGCGGUCGUGGGAGGCCCAAGAAGCGCUAGAUCUUACCUCGGUGGGACACCUCGGGAACAAAUGA